CCUUUUACUUUUAUUUAGUGACAUUUCUUAUUUAAAAUAUAUUUAUGGUAUUGUGAGUGUAUUGCUGGUUACUAAAGUACUAAUUCUGGGUUAGAGAGCUAGAAGAGCGAGUUCACUGCUUUCUCUAUUGCACUGCACUCGCUUUAAAGUAAGCCAGAGAAUGGCCCAAGAUAUCAUCAGAUAUCAUCAAAUGCAUCAGAUAUCAUCAAAUAUUCAUGAAAAUGAAAAUAACGUCAUUAAAAUAAAAGCUGAAAGUGAAAUAUUUAUAAUAUUCCAUUACUAAAAGGUGUGUAGUAAUAGAGGAAGUGCAAAAAAAAAAAAAAAAUCUACAAAGGAUUGUGAAUUUAAUUGAAAAGACACAAGUUUGUGUCAGUUCUGGCAAACAAACUAUUCACAGCAAUUAUCUAUUUAUUUACAUAUUUAUCAGUGACUCUGUAAUUACUAAUAAUAAAGUAUCUCAUACAAACCUAGUGUUUGUUUAUAUUAUUUGUGUAGGGUGAGGGUCUUAUAAAAUUUCAGCAGCCUGUAGAAUACACUUUUAUUAUAUUAUUGCUGGAAAUAAUGUAAUAAAAAAUUCUGCAGAGAUGAAAACUCCAAAACUCACAAAUUUUUUGUGGCUGCGUACCUGUCAGACCUGGUUUACCUCAGCUGCAGGUGACUAGAUGAACAAACUGUGAGUUAGUAACUUAUGUAAUGAGUACAUGACUUAUGAGUCAGUCAGAUUGCACAAAACAAAGUGCACUAAAGUAUCUAUGAGAAUCUACGCUCCAGAAAAUAUCUACUCUUGAGGAUGUCCUUGGUUGUCAUUUUAUUCAGUAAAAACAUGUACAUUCUGCUAAAGUGUUGAAAACAAUGAGUGUGGUUAUACUCUGUUAUAGUACACCAUACAACUAAUGCUAUAUCUUAUGUAAGAAAUAAAAAAGAAACAUGACAGGACAUGUUGUUAUAGGACAGUAAUCAACAUGUAAUGCCAUUAACAUGACACAAUAAGUGAAAAACAAUAAGUCUGGUUAUACGCUUUGGUAUACUCUUUGUCCUGAACAUUAUCCUUGAACAAGUUGUAAUAUAUGUAAUAUAUGUACAGUGAACUGUUCUGUUACUUUCGGAAGAAAUAUUCUCCAGAGCUAAUGUAUAAUUACUAACAAUAAAUUAUCUCAUGCGAACCUAGUUUUUUACAUUAUUUGUGUGAGGCGAGAUUUCAACAGCCGGUAGAAUGCACUUUUAUUAUAUUAUAAGCACACUGUAGUAAUUAUUCUAUUAUUAUUUGUAUUAAAUAUGUGGUUGUCUGGAAAAACGUGUGGGAUGUUGCUGCAGAUGAAUUCUGGAAAGCAGCCCAAAAAAAAAAGAAAAAAUCUGGGUUUGAACAAAACAUUGUCAAAAUGAGCAGACUAUAUGAUAUAAAAGAAUCCAGUGUAAUUGAUGAGGAAAUGCUGCAAAAGGCAGUCGAGGAGCAGGGACCUCAAGAGCAGGCUGGACUUAUAGCCAAAGCAGAGGGCUUAAAGUACGACAAAGUGACUCAACUGUGCCUGGACUACAGAAACAUCUUAAAGAUAGACCAUCUAUGGCAGUUCACGUCUCUAACCAAGCUUCAACUCGACAAUAAUAUCAUUGAGAAGAUUCAAGGAUUAGAAAAGCUCACUAACCUGGUAUGGCUUGACUUGUCCUUCAAUAACAUUGAGGUGAUUGAAGGGUUGGAUACACUCGUGAAACUUCAGGACCUGAGUUUGUUCAACAAUCGCAUUUCUGUAAUAGAGAACAUGGAUGCACUGCAAAACCUGCAUAUCGUCUCACUUGGUAACAAUUUAAUCUCGCAGCUUGACAAUGUAAUAUACUUAAGAAAGUUUCAGAACCUGCGCACACUUGACCUUUCUGGAAAUCCAGUCUGCAAAGACGAAAACUACAAAUUUUUUGUGGCUGCGUACCUGUCAGACCUGGUUUACCUCGACUACAGGCUACUAGAUGAACAAACUCGAGAAAAGGCACAGUACCAGUAUCAGAGUGCAAUUGAGAAGAUAAAACACAAUGAACUGCAGGAGCAAAAGGCAACAGAGGCUCAGAAAAAUAAGGAACAAGAUCUUCAGCUGCAUAAGGAUGCAUUUGUGGAAUAUUUGAACGGGUCUCAUCUAUUUGACAGCAUGUUUGCGGAUGAUGUUGAGGCGUCUAAGUUGGCACACCUUCCUGAAGUUGCUACACUACUGGAAUCAUACCGGACACAGUUGGAGGCAUUAUGUAUGCAGAUUUUUGAAGCAGGUUUAACACAGCACACACAAAGGCAGAAUGAGGUAGAAUGCUUCUUCACUUGUUUCCAAAAGGCCAUGGCUGACAAUCAGCAGAGAGGAGCUCAAAUAGUGGCUGACUUUGAGAGAGCCAGGAGACAGGUGAUGGCUGAGAUGCAGCAGGCAGCAGACCACAGUUUGUUAAAGGUCAGAGUCAGAAAUGAGAUCAUGCAGAUUCGUGACACUCUCCUGACUCUGGAGCUGCAACUAGUGGCACAGUUAGAGGACAUCAUUAAAGACUUUGAGAGAAACAUCACAGACAUGGUUGGAGGGUUUGCCGAAUAUGUGCAAAGCAUAUUUGCUCAGUGUCGAGAUCUGGAGAACCACCAUCAUGAGAAAGUGCUCGACAUUGCUGUGGCAACACUGGACAGAGUGGCUAAGAAUGAGCUGGAGGAGGACUUGCCUGAUGACGUGCACUUGCUCUUUGUGGACAAAGACACGAUGAUCAGCACAGUCAACGCGUCACAUGACACGCACCUGCUGAAGAUUGACAACAGAGAAGAUGAGCUCUUGACACAGCUCAACGGCUGGAAGAGUGCACUAAUGAAGUCGAUACAUGAUGACGAGGUUAAAAGGAAUCGCAAACGCAUCUCAGAAAUCCAUAAAUAUGUUGAUUAUACUUGGGACCAGCUGGAGGAGACACUGUUGCCUGAUUUCCAGUAGUAGGAGCAGAGCAGGACUGGGACAAAAAAUCAGGCUGGGAGUCUCACACCCACCCAGGCCAAUGCAUUUUGAGACCACGGACCACCUACUGUACACUCACUAACCAGUUUCUUAGGAACCUCUGUACAUCUGCUCAUUCAUGCAAAUAUCUAAUCAGCCAAUCAUGAGGCAGCAGCUCAAUGCAGAAAAUCAUGUAGGCAUGGGCCAUCAUUACAUAGUGUUAGGUACGUGUUUGCAGAUCAAACUGACCUGCACUUGAAGUUACUUAAAAGUGUCUGUUAUUUCUAUUAUUAUUAUUGUUAUUAUUAUUAUUAAAUGUCUCUUGGAGGACUUUAUGUUUUCGUGUCUUUUUCCUCUCUGCUCCAUCUGAAUGCUACUUGUCCAGUCUUCAGUGAAUCAACACUGCUUUCUGUUUCCCAUUGCUUUUAUUUACACAAGCUGAACGGAUGAUAUUAGCCUUAUUGGUGGGUCACUUGAAUGAAAUGGGUUUAAAAUGUUCUAUCCUAAAGUCUAGUCUAAUAAAAAAUAGAAAAACAAGUUUAAACAAAACAAGCGUAAAUAAUAUCAGCUUAAAUCUAACUGCAAGUUUUAAACUAGGAUAAGUGCUAUUAAUAUAAUGGGUUUUGUGGGUUUAAAUUGAGAAUAAAAACAAUAAUGGAAAUGUGUGAAAAGUUGGAAUAUAUUUUCUUUGGAUUUGUUUAUUU